UGUUAGGCCCGGGCCGGGGGAGUAGGUUGAAGUCGCCUAAGAUGCCCGGUGGUCUAGGGCAAGGGGAACCGUGAGGUGGACGUGAGGAAGCAACGUGGAGAAACCCACGGCAGGCCUGAAGAAGAGCGGCGGCCGAGCCCGCCCUCCCUGCACCAUGCUCAUAGAAGAUGUGGAUGCCCUCAAGUCCUGGCUGGCCAAGUUACUAGAGCCGAUAUGUGAUGCUGACCCAUCAGCCUUAGCCAACUAUGUUGUUGCACUGGUCAAGAAGGACAAACCUGAGAAAGAAUUGAAAGCCUUUUGUGCCGAUCAGCUUGAUGUCUUUUUACAAAAAGAAACUUCAGGAUUUGUGGAUAAACUUUUUGAAAGUCUCUAUACCAAGAACUACCUUCCAUCUUUGGAACCAGUUAAACCUGAGCCCAAACACGAAAAAGUACAAGAAAAAGAAGAAAUUAAAGAAGAGGUAUAUCAAGAACCAGCAGAAGAAGAACGAGAUGGCAGAAAAAAGAAAUAUCCUAGUCCCCAGAAGAUUCGUUCAGAAUCUACUGAACAAAGGACACGUGAGAAAAAAAGAGAAGAUGGCAAGUGGAGAGACUAUGACCGGUACUAUGAGCGGAAUGAAAUAUACCGUGAGAAGUACGACUGGAGAAGAGGCAGGAGUAAGAGCCGGAGUAAAAGCCGAGGCCUGAGUCGAAGUCGAAGCCGAAGUAGGGGGCGCAGCAAAGACCGGGACCUGAAUAGGAAUGUUGCAGAGCACAGGGAAAGAUCAAAGUUUAAGAGUGAAAGGACCGACUUAGAGAGUUCCUAUGUACCUGUGUCUGCACCACCACCGAACUCUUCUGAACAGUAUUCCUCUGGGACACAGUCUAUUCCCAGCACGGUUACUGUGAUCGCACCUGCUCACCACUCUGAAAACACAACUGAGAGUUGGUCUAAUUACUAUAACAAUCAUAGCUCUUCCAAUUCUUUUGGUCGAAACCCACCACCAAAGAGGCGAUGCAGAGAUUAUGAUGAAAGAGGAUUUUGUGUACUUGGAGACCUUUGCCAGUUUGAUCAUGGAAAUGAUCCCCUGGUUGUUGAUGAAGUUGCUCUGCCAAGCAUGAUUCCUUUUCCACCUCCUCCUCCCGGGCUUCCUCCACCACCACCUCCUGGAAUCUUAAUGCCUCCCAUGCCAGGCCCAGGCCCAGGCCCUGGCCCAGGCCCUGGCCCUGGCCCUGGCCCUGGUCCUGGCCCAGGACCUGGUCACAACAUGCGACUUCCUGUUCCCCAAGGACAUGGUCAACCUCCGCCUUCUGUUGUGCUUCCCAUACCAAGACCACCCAUAACACAGUCAAACAUGAUAAACAACCGUGAGCAGCCUGGGACAAGUGCAGUGCCCAAUCUUGCACCAGUGGGAGCAAGACUACCUCCUCCUUUACCCCAGAACCUCCUUUAUACAGUAUCAGAAAGACAGCCCAUGUAUUCUCGUGAACAUGGUGCUGCUGCAUCUGAGCGACUUCAGUUGGGGACACCACCUCCUCUGUUGGCAGCUCGUUUGGUGCCACCUCGAAACCUCAUGGGAUCCUCCAUUGGGUAUCAUACCUCAGUCUCCAGCCCCACCCCUCUGGUCCCAGAUACAUAUGAACCUGAUGGCUAUAAUCCAGAAGCUCCUAGUAUUACCAGUUCUGGUAGAUCUCAGUACAGACAGUUCUUUUCAAGAACACAGACCCAACGCCCAAACCUGAUUGGGCUAACAUCUGGAGAUAUGGAUGCAAAUCCAAGAGCUGCUAACAUUGUCAUUCAGACAGAACCACCAGUUCCUGUUUCCAUUAAUAGCAACAUUACCAGAGUAGUUCUUGAACCAGAUAGUCGGAAAAGAGCUAUGAGUGGUUUGGAAGGUCCACUCUCCAAGAAACCUUGGCUGGGAAAUGAUGUUGCUUUUAAGGGUGAUCCAGAAGCAGCCCUCAUUCAAUAUCUCACCAAUGAGGAGGCCAGGAAAGCUAUUUCUAGCACAGAAGCAGUUCUGAAUAACCGAUUCAUCCGAGUUUUAUGGCAUAGAGAGAACAACGAGCAGCCAGCGCUGCAGUCCUCAACACAGCUGCUCCUCCAACAGCAGCAGACACUGAGUCAUCUCUCACAGCAGCACCAUCACCUGCCGCAGCACCUUCAUCAACAGCAAGUGUUGGUGGCCCAGUCUCCUCCUUCAACAGUGCAUGGAGGCAUACAGAAGAUGGUGAACAAGCCACAGACAUCCGGUGCUUAUGUCCUUAAUAAAGUUCCUGUUAAACAUCGUCUUGGGCAUGCAAGUGGGAACCAGAGUGAGGCGGCUCACUUGUUGAAUCAGUCUGGUGGUGCUGGAGAGGAUUGCCAGAUAUUUCCCACACCAAGUCAUCCAAAAAUGAUUUACAGUUCCUCAAACUUAAAAACACCUUCUAAACUUUGUACAAGCUCUAAAUCACAUGAUGUUCAAGAAGUACUUAAAAAGAAACAGGAAGCAAUGAAGCUUCAACAAGAUAUGAGGAAAAAGAGGCAAGAAAUGUUAGAAAAACAAAUAGAAUGCCAAAAGGUGUUAAUAUCUAAACUAGAAAAAAACAAAAACAUGAAACCAGAAGAAAGAGCAAAUAUAAUGAAGACUUUGAAGGAACUCGCAGAAAAGAUCUCACAAUUGAAAGAUGAAUUAAAAACAUCUACAAUCUCCGCACCAUCUAAAGUCAAGACAAAGACAGAGGCCCAGAAAGAGUUAUUAGAUACUGAACUGGACCUCCACAAGAGGCUAUCUUCUGGAGAAGACACAACAGAGCUACGGAAAAAACUCAGUCAGUUACAAGUGGAGGCUGCACGAUUAGGUAUCUUACCUGUGGGGCGAGGGAAGACCAUGUCCUCUCAAGGUCGAGGAAGAGGCCGAGGCCGUGGGGGAAGAGGAAGAGCCUCAUUAAAUCACAUGGUCGUGGACCACCGCCCCAAAACACUAGCAGUUGGGGCAUUCAGUGAGGAGGAGAAAGACGAAUUACUUCAGCAUUUCUCAGCUACAAACCAAGGGUCAAAAUUCAAAGACCGCCGGCUACAAAUAUCAUGGCACAAGCCCAAGGUACCCUCUAUAUCCAAUGAGACUGAGGAAGAGGAAGUCAAAGAGGAGGAAACCGAAACCUCAGAUUUGUUUUUGCAUGAUGAUGAUGACGAAGAUGAAGAGGAAUAUGAGUCUCGUUCAUGGCGAAGAUGAAAUCUGACUCAAGCUGUAUACUUUUUAGGAGUAUUGUUUAGAAGAACAACUUUUUAAAAUUAUUUAAAGAAGUCAAUGAGCCAAAAAUUUUUUUUAAUUUUCUUUUCAACACAGUAGUUAAGGACAGCAAGUUUGCUAUUUAAAUACAUCUCAUAACUGUAUAUGAUAUUAAAGCACCAAAGGCCUAGUGACUUUUACACAGUUGUGAAGAUCCACAGGAAAGACAUGCAUAAUCUCUAGAGCCUUAUUUCCACACCACUUGUUUUUGUUGCUGUUGGUGUUGGAUUAUGAUGUAAAUGACAGGGUGUUCAGAAAUUUUAUUUUGGGUUAUAAUCUGCUUAUAAAAUUUCAUUAAAUGUCAAAUUCGCCUGAAUCUCGUAACUUUCAACUAUUAUGGAUGUGUCGUCAGACAAUAAUAGAUAUUAUUAUUUUUAAUUAAAAUUCCCUUUUGCUUUCAAGAGUUAUUUUUUGGGGGAAAAGUAAAGUUUAUUUAUUUUUUUUUUAACUGUGGAGCCCAAUUUGUAUUCGGUCUAAAUAUUUUUCAGCUUUUGUAUGUGCAGCAGGACUAUUUCAUUGUAAAUCACAAUGCUCUCCCUAUGUUCUCCAAUGCCUUAAGGCAAAGAUAGCUAGCUCCAUGGCGUUUCCUUUCUCUCAUCAUAGUAGCCCUCCCGGACUGCUCCUGCUACGGAAUCAUUAGCUUGCUUUGAUGCCUAGUGAGCAUUGAUUCAGGUCCUUCACCUUCCCUCACCCCCCAGCCUUAUUUAAGCAUUCUCAAAUGUGUCCCUUUCUUGCUCCCUUUUUCUCCUACCUCUCCUAUUAAUAGAUUUACUUAGCCAAUAUUGAGAUAAAUGACUCUUUUGGGUCAACAAACGUCAAUCCCAAUAAAGUUUUAAAACAGAACCUUGAUAAGUAAGUACUGUUUUGAGAAUAAUGGAAGGAUUUGGGUUAGGGUGGUGGUAAUGGUGAGGGUCUGUCACCAGCCCUACACCCCCCACCAAUAACUUCAGUUUAGUUAUAGUUACACACAAUGGUGAGAAAGCAUAUGAAAUUCUUCCCCUCAUUGAAGCCGUGAUGGUAAGGUGGCUGGGAGUGGGGUGUGGGUGGGAUAGGGGGAUAGAUAAUGCUAGAAAUAAAUGGAAGUCAUAACUUGACUUUGAUCAGACCAUAUAUUUUCAUAAUUUUGUAGUUUGUUGAUAUCCAUAAGCGUAUACACCCUUCAGUAGACAAUUCCCUUCACUGUGUGCAUUUUUACUGUACACUGUAUAGAGUAGACUGUUAAGUAAAAUAAUUUGUAAAUUUAUGUCCUUGUGUUCUGAAUGUUAGAUGGAAAAGCAGAGGAGCAACACUACACUGUACUGCCCCCUGGGGAAAUAAAAUGAUUCAUGUACAUAGGAUGUCACCUUUUCAAGGAUAUGCACAUGUGUGUUUUUAUAUAAGCGUGGUGUGAAAAAUUUGAAACAUCCUGCUGACUUCCAAAAUGUUCUUGGUGAUCACCAUAUCAAGGGUUUUGUUUCUUGAGGUAGAGACUGUUUCUUAACAUAGAACCUAUUCACUAAGAAACUUAAAACCAUCAGGACCCUAAAUUCACUUAGCAACAAGAAGUUAAAUCCCACAUUCUGGUCAUCUUUUCUCUUUUAUGUGUUUUUCUGGAGUGAUAUAUCAAACCAGGAUCAUUUUUAAGUUCAUAUCAUUUUUCCAUCAGAAUUAUGGAGACUUCUCGUUCUAGGGUAUUUCUGCUAACACUGCAGCUCAUAUAAGCUGAGAAAGAAGGAAAGUAUUGGAAUGGGGUACCUAGAAUAAGCAGUCCUGCUCCUUCCACCUCCAUCAUCUCUAAUGAAAUUUUCCUGAGUUCUGUGGCUCAGUCAGUAUAUAUUUUGAAAGAGUCAUUGUAGUGAAUAUUUUGAGUCCUGACAGUUUAAACAUAAUAGAGGGAACAAAGGAUUUAUAUAUUUUUUGUACAAAGUUUUUUCUUAAGCUGUAUAAUUUUGUAAAUAAUUUGUUUGGGGCUUUUUUGUUUUGGUUUGAUUCAGUUUUUUGUUUUUUGUUUUUGUGUACUAAAACUACCAGCGUAUAGAUUUCAAUAAGAAUUGUUGUAUUUUUGUAUUUGGAAACUGAAAAUUACAGUAAAUUAAUGGAACUGUAAGAAAAUUUUCAGUAGACUGACAGUUCAUCAGAAUGAGAUUCCUUUUCAUAUGAUUUUUUUUUUAACCUCAAAAUUGACAUACUCUCAGUACCAAGAGAGUUGAGGAUUUUGGGGGGGGUUGUUAUUUGAUGGGCAGGAGGGGGUCAAGAAUAAGAGAAGGAUGUUAAAAUGAAGAACAGACUUUUUCCCCCCAGUAAGAUUUGAAGUUCUUUGUAUUAAACUUUGUUUUCAAUAUACCUUAACUGGGGAUGGAAGAAUUAUUUGCCCUUUCUAAGAUUUAAAAAACAUGUUUGACUCAAAAAUGAAUUUAAGAUAUCAAUUACUUGAAAAUUAAAGAGAGAUUAGCAUUUUUUUUUUAAUGUUUUCCCUCUCUGGGAUUUUUAAUCAGUACCAUCAAAUUUCCAAGUGUUAGAGUUUGUCCUAAACAAAAAACUACCAAAACUUUAUUUUUGAACAUCUUUAUUUAUGAAAAACAUCAUAAAAUAUUUAAAGUAUAUUCUGCUCUUCUUAUGUGUGACAUCUUUUAAGGAACUGAUUUACAAUAACAAAAUACCACCAGUCCCCAUUGUUAAACCUGGUUUAUAAGUGGAUUAAAAGUUAACUAGCAAAAUGCAGAUUUUCCCUCACGUCCCUCAUGUUUGAACAUUGGGAAAACAUUGUUACCAGCUAAGACGACAGCUUGGAAAACAUGGUCCUGUUACGCUGAAAAGGUCCAUGGUGAUAGAUCAUUAUUUCAAAAUGAAGGAAAAAAAAUCAUGUGAAAAGGAAUAGUGGUUCCUCUUGAUGUAUAGAAUGCCUGUAUUAUAGUUUUUACAAAAUUGUGAACUUGUGUAAUAGUAUAAUAGAAGAUAUUGUUGAAUUUCUAACUGUUUAUACAUUUAAAUUCAUAUAUGUAAUGUUUGUUUUAUCAAUUACAAUCUGAAUUUCUAAGAAGCAUGUUGACUUUUGCAAUAAAGAUGCAAUAUGGAAUGGUUCACAAUUGGAAAAAAGAAAAGAAAAAAGAUAAAAGUAUUACGAAUUUAAAAUAAUUUGGAAAAUUUAUGAACCAUUCCAGAAAUUAUAACAAUCACUAAAAAAGCUGUAAUUCUGGCUUGUUCAUGAAAGAAAGAAAAUGUGUGAGUGUAUGCUUGCUUCUUGAGAGUGAAUAGUGGCCCUGGAUGUGUGUCUUUUGUUGGGUCCGUGUACACGAGGGAAUGUCACUCAGUUGAAUUUGGGUUCUGAAGCCGCUGGCUAUUAAAGGUAACUCCCUUGAAACUGAAGGAAAAAGGGAUUAAAGUGUUACUUGUAAGUAACCCUUGGUAGCCACAUACUUUACUCUUGGAUGGGACUUGUUAUUCCAAAUAUAAAACACAAGUUUAUCGAAGCAAUUCUUUGAAUGUUACCUAGAGGAUAUUCAUUAUGUUUGCCAACAAUCGGAAAGAAUUUCCCCCUAGCAGAAUAGGGAGAAGGGAAAGAACACUGAAGAGAUAGGAAUAUUAAUAGGGAAUAACAGAAAUGAGUGAUCUUGGAGUCUCAUUUUUAAAAAAUUGUUGUUUUUUUUUGUAACAUUCCCCUUAAAUGAUCAUGCCAUUGUUCAAGAAGAACCAUUUUUCAAAUCCCACCUUAUAUAGAGAAAUACUUUCACUCUUUUCAAGUAUGUUUCAUUUGCAUUUUAUGAAUUAGAAGCAAAUAGACUGUGUUACUUUUUGUUUUGAAUAGAUGUUAACAUACAUUAAGCAGUUCUGGGACUUGGGGGUGAGGAGGCAUAAUUUAUGAGCAUUUAAGAGCAUAAAAUGUUUUUACUAUAUUUUUAAAUUGAAAUUAAAAAGUGUUGCCUUUUUA